GGCCACUUACUUCUUGGUUUUCCGGGUGUUCGCAUCAUUGAGAUUCCAUAUCCCCUGUCAAUAAGGGUUCAUAUUCAGAAUAAAUGAAGGAAGCCAUCAACCUUUCCGGACCGACGGUAAGGAUCGUCGAGAGUCCGAUCCCAGAACCAAACGAGGAUCAAGUUCUUAUCCGAGUGAUCGUCUCCGGGUCGAAUCCCAAGGAUUGGAAAGCCCCUGAUUUUGCGGCUUCCGGGAACUCCCCCGUUCGCAUUCCUUUGGAAGUCAAGAGAGGACUAAAUCAGGGGGAUGAUAUGGCUGGCAUUGUGGAAAAGGUGGGCUCUAAAGUGGUUGAAUUUAAGCCAGGCGACCGUGUUGCUGCAUUCCACGAAAUGUUCACUCCUGGUGGUUCCUAUGCGGAAUACGGAAUUGCGUGGAGCCAUACGACUUUUCAUCUACCCAACCACACUUCAUUUGAAGAGGCCGCAACAAUCCCACUCACCGCCAUGACUGCUGCUGUAUCUCUGUACGCGCAUCUUCGCUUCCCAUUCCCAUGGGCCCCUGCCCAGAAGUCGAUCCCAUUCGUCGUUUACGGCGCGAGCACAGCGGUUGGCUCGUAUGCUAUUAAAUUGGCAUCUAAUAGCAACAUCCAUCCCAUCAUUGCGAUCGCAGGGAAAGGUUCUCAUUAUGUGGAGAGUCUUAUUGAUCGUAGCAAAGGUGACACAGUCAUUGAUUAUCGUGGGGGUGCGGAGGAAACGGUUAAGGAAAUAGCUCACAGCCUUGAAAAAGCGGGCCAUAGUACUGUCCAGCACGCGCUUGAUGCCGUUAACAUUAUCCCGCAGAGCGCAGAGGUCUUGAGGCGAUCAGUCGCUGCCGGAGGACAGAUUGAUUUCGUGGCCCCAAAUGACCUAGAUGUUUCGCCUGCGAUCAAAUCAGUUACUCAUGUGGGAUCGGUGCACAAACAGCCUGGACUUGAAGACAACAAGGAGCUUGGGCACAUCUUCUCUCGUUACCUGACGAGAGCCCUGCAGAAUAACAGUUUCACCGGCCAUCCUUUCGAACUUAGGCCCGGAGGCCUAGAAGGCGUUGGGGAUGCAUUGAAGGAUUUAAAGUCAGGAAAAGCAAGCGCUACCAAGUAUAUUUUUCGUAUUGCGGAUACCCCGGGGGUGGCCUAGUGUUAGCCAAGCUAGCUAUGAUAGCCUAUUUGAAGGACAGUAUGCCCACAGCUACGGAGUAAUUUUGCCGUGCGGAAAAUCUACUCUAAAUUCAAUAUCUUCAUCUUUUUGGUUGGUUGCAUGCAUGUUCUCUGGAGUCGGUAGAGUGUAUGCAAGAGUCAAGAGACUCUUCCUAGACAACUAGUGCUUGAAUAAAGGCCAAACUUAUAUGCGGGACAUAGUAGCGAUGUUAGCGCCACUCACCCACCGCGGCCCCAUUAAGGCAAGCUUAGUGAGGUUCAUCCCUUCGCCUGAGCGGCUGCAUAACCAAUCAGUUAAGGCUAUCGAUAAUAACUUUUAAAAAAAAGGCCCUUUUCUUGUAUACUAUACAUAGGCUGCUGUUGGUUUUGGUGUAUCUUGCUUCGCUAGCAAAUCAGCUGAGCCAGUGCCUCGAAAAGGGGAUAAAAUCCACUGUUAUAAGCCAAUCAGACUAGUGAGAUUGACCCAAUGCUCAUGAUUCUGUUUGGACCGCAGAAUGACCGUUGCGGCACUAAGCCGGUCAGCUUCCACAGCCGCGCUAUCAGAAAUCUUAGGAUCAAUUGCAGUACAUUUUCUUUUCAUUGGCUGAGAUGACUCCUCCUGAGAUUGGAAGGCUCUUAUUCAAAAGAGGAUAUAGUUAUGCAGCGAUUGCUUGCCCGUAACCCAUCGCUUGUUGCUAGAUCUGGUUCAGCGAGUCGUUUUCUUUACUGCA